AUGAUUAUCUUUCAGGAAUGUUAUCAAUUAAAAAAUAACCGAUUACAUAGAUCUUACAGAAAUGGAAGUGGAAUACCAUCUGACGGUUAUGUUCUAUUUGUUGAUGCUAUAAAUACAAUUACCUGUUAUGGUGGUGCAGCAGCAUACGCAUCAUCAUGUUUAAUGGAUGAGGAAACAGAUAGGCCAAUUCUUGGAUUUAUAAAUGUUUGCCCAGGAAAUAUAGGAGUCCAUUAUCCUGAGGAUAGAAUAUCAAUUGGAGUUUUUCUACAUGAAAUUGGUCAUGCACUUAACGCUGCAAGAAAACAUUUCAAUUGUGAACAGUUAGAUGGAGCAGAUUUGGAAAAUCAAUACCAAACUGGACCGAUAGGAUCGCAUUGGGAGGGAAGAACAUAUGCAUUUGUAUUAAUUAUAUCACCGUCUGGUGUAUUCUGUACUAACUUUCAUUAUUAUUAUUCAUUCGUUAAUGAUGUGGAAUUUGACUUUAUAAAUUCUUUUAUGUCAUUUUCAAGUUGGUACACUGUUGAUUACUCAAAAGCGAUGAAAUGGGAAUAUGGUAGACAAUUAGGAUGUGACUUUAGCAUGAAAAGUUGCUUCGACUAUGCUCAAAUUAGACGACAACAGAAAUUUAUCCCAUUCUGUGACACUGUUAAUGAAGCAAGAUGUCGGGAUGCAUUCUCAUAUGGAAGAUGUAUUAUUGUGAGGUAUGGAACCCCAGUUCCUAAAGAAGAUCGGUUCUUCCUAAAAGCCCCAUUUGACACUGAAUAUCCUCCUGAAUAUUUCGGUGGGAAUGAUCCAUUUACAGACUAUUGUCCAACAAUGGCUUACAAGUGUUUUAAUGAUGGAACGCUUGGUUUAUUCUUUAAAGAUUCAACUGUGAAUUGUACCAGGAAAGAUGAGCCAGUACGUUUUAAUGUAUCUGAUGGAGAAUCGAGACUUAAUGGGAAAAUCUUAUGUCCUAAUGUUAACAGGUUUUGCAGGCUCUUACGCUACCGAGUGGAGACUGUUUUCUCUAUUUUAAUUUUGGAAAAGAGGCCUUCCAGAUAG